AUGCCUACCACCAACCACACGAUGGCUUUUUAUGCAGCCACGCUCGUCCACCAGCUGCAGAAGACAUUGGCACACGGGCAAUUUGCCGUUCCGUCACGGGACAAGGACGGGCCGAAGACGGCGAUUGAGAUCGGCAUCCUAUUCCAAACAGGCUACCCACCGGCGCAGGAUGUGAAGACUUUCCUGUUGGUCCGUUAUGAGGCGUUGGAACUGUCGUGCCGCGAUUGGGAGUCCACCGACACCCGGAUGAACGCAGACUUGGAGGAGAAACAGGUGGACGAUCUUCUGACACCCGCGACGGAACCUCCGGCUGCUUCCAACGUCAAUGCCGGAAGCGCGGGCCAGUUCAUGAUCACCGAGCGCAAGCUGAUGCAGCUGCGCUCUGCGAAGGGAGACGCGUUGGAGAAGAUACUUCACGAACUUCGCACAGACCUGAACGCCAUCGUGAAUGCGACCAAGUCCGGCUGGGGGACCGUGAUGAUGCUGAUCUGCGGCGUGGUCGCGUUGCCGAGAUUAUCAGCUGUCUACAAGACGGUGAGAGUGGCCUGA